UGUCUCGUAGGUUGGUCGUAGGCUACUCUCAUCUUGAUUGUUGGGCUUUUUAUGGAUGUUUGUCUUGUGACUUGAGUUGUGGGUCUUAUUCUUUCCCCUUUCAUUGCGGGGAUUGCGCUUAUGUACCUUUAUGGUUCUCUUUUUCCAUCUUCGAUGCGAAAUGUAUCUUUCCUAUUUCUUUCCAUCAAUUAAUAAUCUUUGCUUAUUUUCUUCAUUACUAUGACGCUGUACUGUCUUUUCUUCACCGAUUUCUUGAUCGAUCUGUCUUGCACUUGAUCUCUUUUUUUUUUUGGUAAAUGCGUAGUAUAUUAUUCUAUUUUAUUUGGUUUCUUUCGUUUGUAUUGCAGAGGAAAGGAUAAAAAUUGUUUCUUGACUGGGGUUUCUUUAAUUUUAUUUACUGGGACUGGACGUUUUCCCUCUUGGUUAUUGGUAGAUUUCUUGGAUGAGAGUUUGGAUUUUAGUUGAUGUAGCUUUAGUCUCGACGUGCUGCCAUCUGUUUCUACACAGAUUGUCCUUAUUUGGGGAGCACCACUGGUGAUGCUAUUCUUGGACAAACUGAUGCUAUACCUUCAAAUAAAGCCAUGAUUCUACAGAUAAUAGUUGCAAUGAAGGCAAUGCCUUGGUACUGUGUUCUCCCGACACUUUCAGAAUGCAUGGUUGAAAAUGGAUGGACGAGAUGUUUUUCUAGCAUAAGAGAAGUUGGUUGGCCGGCUUACACUGUUUACCUCAUCUCGUAUCUAGUCAUUGUCGAGUUUGGUAUAUACUGGGCUCAUAGAGAGUUGCAUGACAUAAAACCAUUAUACAAGUAUCUUCAUGCAACCCAUCAUGUCUACAAUAAGCAGAACACACUCUCUCCUUUUGCUGGGUUGGCGUUCCAUCCAUUGGACGGAAUACUGCAGGCCGUGCCGCAUGUGAUAGCUUUGUUCCUCAUCCCAACCCAUUUUAUGACUCACAUGCUUCUCCUGUUCUGCGAGGCGGUCUGGACUGCGAACAUCCAUGAUUGCAUUCAUGGCAAGAUCUGGCCGGUUAUGGGUGCAGGCUACCACACAAUCCACCACACUACGUACCGGCACAACUAUGGGCACUACACCGUAUGGAUGGAUUGGAUGUUCGGAACCCUCAGAGAUCCUGAGGAGGAACUCAAGAAAGCAGAAUGAUGCAGGGUUGGUGAUCUUCUAGUGUCCUGCUCUGGCUAUGGAUUGACUUGCCAGGUGAGUGAGCUGCUGAAGUCUUUGAUAUCUGCUGCUAUUGAAUUCCAAUUUGGCGAUGUUAAG